UGCACAACGAUGGGCUUGUAUGCUACUAGUACCCAUUCCCAGCUGCACAAGAGAUGCGAUGUGGCGUCCUUCACGAUUCCCGCAGGCUACCCCGCCUUUCCCCUUACCUACCACCAACGUACCGACCGCGGUCUCAUCAAGCUCGGCUUCGGCCUCGGAUGCGGUCCCAAUCCCUGGGGUCUGCUAUGAGAGGUGCAAUGACGCAGCUCGCGAAGUCCAGCGAGUUGGCCGGGUGCCUCAGCUCUGUGACCAAGACUCGGCGUUUCGAAAAUACAUGAACCUUUGCUUGGGAUGCCUAAACGCAGCGGGCGCUUCCGUCAGCGCCAUCGGCCCGGCUGAAGAAAUGGUCGGCUACUGUGUAGCGUCGCCAGCGCCGUUGACAGCGUUCUCUACAGCGUCUACAGCGUCUACAUCGUACACCAUCCCAACCUCCUGGCUCACAACAUCGACCAUGCUGUCGUACUUCACCUUCUCCGGUGUAGGAUUGGACGGUAUCGAAACCCUGACGACAAGUACUUCGGCCGUGGAGGUUGUUGUCACCAGGUCCGAUUGGACCGGCUUCGUUCAUACUAGCACUCCAACAGCUAACCGAGAAGCACAAUCUACAUCCGGUAGCACAGAAAGCGAGACGAGCACCAGCAACAACAAGGCAUGGAUCGCUGGCGCAGUGGUUGGCAGCAUCGCAGGCCUGGCCGUCCUCGUGGGAAUCUACUGCUACCUCUUGUUCUUCUUCCGCCGCCGAAAGAGGCGAUCCCGGAAGUCCAGGAACGAUGACGACGACGAGCCUUACACCGGCAAACCCGAGCUACAUGCCGAGAGCUUGCCCGGUGCACCACGGGGGCCGCCGAAAGAGCUGGACGCCAUGCCUCGACCACCGCAAGAACUUGAAGUUCCUACUAAGUACUACGCCAAGCCGGGUCGGCUACCGCCUUGCUUAAUCGCAGAGAUGCCGGCAAACGAGAUCCCGGCGCGGGAGAUGGAUGUGAAGGUGCAGCAUAGUGAGAUGGAUGUAGAGAGCGAGAAGGGCACGGAACAAACCCGGCAAUAAUAUACGCGGUCAGACGUUACAAACUACCAAGGGACAUGUUACUGCUAGUCAGUUGAGAACGCUUGUGAUACCCCAGAACCUGGCCAGCUCUUCAUAACCGUCUGCCAGAUAGCCUGAUCCUGAGCACACAGGGCCACGUAUCGCCAAACUGGAACUGAGUGAGCGGAGAAUGUAUUGGUAUUGAAGAUUAUCAGUGGUAAAACUAAACUACCUAACUAGUACUAAACAAACUAUCACUAAGGCAACGCAGGUA